AUGUUUAUCUGGGCUUUUACUACUGGAGAAUUUAUUGUAUUUGCCUUUUCAAUGCUAGAAAUGCCUCCGAAAUAUUUAUGUUUUAACUAAGAUGGAACUACUUAUGAAUGUAAAGCUGAAUAAACUUUCUGUAAGGAUCCUUCGAUAAGAUAUAAGAUUAAUUGGGACGAUCCAUCGAGUCUUCAUAACUGGGUAGAAUCGCUCAAUUUGACUUGCGAAAGUGCAUCAAGAGUUGGGAUGAUUGGAUCAAUGUUUUCAUUGGGUAAAUGGCAGGUGCUUUUACUCUACCAGGAUUAACUGUAAUUAAACGUUUCUUAUUAAAUUGAUUAGGAUCUAUAUGGUAGAAAGAAAAUUUACCUGUAAUCUAUGGGAUUGUAAACAUUCUUCUAUGCAGGUAUAUGCAUAUCAAAAAGUUUAAACGUAACCUUAUUGCUAAUUUGUGGAUUCGGAUUUGCAUCAAUAGGACGAGCAUCUAUUGGCUAUAUAUAUAUGCUAGAAAUGACCCCUAAUAAGUAUAAAACAUUUAUUGGAUCAUUUGCCUAAAUUUCAGCAGGAGUUACUCCAGCGAUUCUGGCGUUGUAUCAUCUCUAUGUUUCUAAAGAUUGGUUUCCUUUCCAAGCUUUUAUUGCAUUUACUACUCUCUUAGUGACUAUAUCAAUAGUUGCACUUCCAGAAUCUCCAUAAUACCUUAUUAGCAAAAAGUAAUAUGAUAAUGCGAGAAAUUCUUUGGAAACUAUAGCUUGGUGGAAUAAAUAUAAAGGCCCUCUAGAUUUCAAGUUUAAAGAUGAAGCAGAGACGCUAAAAUAGAGUGAUGAAGAGACUUAUUUACUAUUAAGAAUACCAGAUCAAGACUUGAAUUAAUAUAAAUAUACUAAUUAUCAGAAUGAGAUUUAAGAAGACAUAUCAAUCAAUUGUGACACUAUAUCAAGCAACGGAUAAGAUAGAAUAAUAUUGAAAGAUCAAAAUUAAUCAAACUCAGGAAGUAUAAAAGAAAUCCUUAAGUAAAAGUAGCAUGCUUGA